AUGGACACAGAGGGAAGCAAUGAUGUCCCGAGGAAGAACAAUAUGAGCUGUGAUGCCAACACUCAGAAAGAAGAAAUUCGGUCAGAACAAGGGAGAAGACCCCCUCAGAGCCCCCUGCCCUGGAGCAGUGAUACCAAGAUCGCGGCAGUCUGCCUAAUUCACACGUUGUUGCACCCAUGUGGACUCAAAGAUUGCUCCACGGGGAAAGAUUUGGAAACUGGGAGCAACACUAGGACUCUGAGGCCAUGUAGUUUCAAGUGGACUCUGGAGACCUCUAUGGCUCCAAUGGCCUCUCCCUUUCAGACGCUCAAAGGUCAGCUCCUCAGGACUGGUCAGGGGCUGGCAUGCCGGAGAUAUAUAGAUAUAUAUUCACAUCUGAUCAACGUCCUAAUGUGGGAGCUUGAGAAGAAGUCAGCUGUAGCAGAUAAACAUGAAUUGCUUAGUCUUGCUAGCAGCAACCAUUUGGGGAAGAAUCUACAGUUGCUGAUGGACAGAGUGGAUGAAAUGAGCCAAGAUAUAGUUAAAUAUAACACAUACAUGAGGAACACGAGUAAACAGCAGCAGCAGAAACAUCAGUAUCAGCAGCGUCGCCAGCAGGAGAACAUGCAGCGCCAGAGUAGAGGGGAACCCCCGCUGCCUGAGGAGGAUCUGUCCAAACUUUUCAAACCCCCUCAGCCGCCUGCCAGGAUGGAUUCUCUGCUCAUUGCAGGCCAGAUUAACACUUACUGCCAGAACAUCAAGGAGUUCACUGCCCAAAACUUAGGCAAACUUUUCAUGGCCCAGGCUCUUCAGGAAUACAACAACUGAGAAAAGGAAGUUUCCAGAAAAGGAGUUAACAUGGACUUUUGAGAUCACGUUGGGGCAAUUCUUGGAAGAAAUUACACUUGCCAAUUGGAAAGUCUUUCUAGCUAAUAAUGAAAUAAAAAUAAAACAA